AUGUCUGUCACCGUUCGCGAUGCCCUCGUUCAACUCGACGACCGUCGGGUCAGGGCUACCAGGCCGCUCAUCCCACCCGCUAUUCUCCAGGAGGACCUGCCGUUGACCCUGAGUGCUGCGGAGACUGUCCUCGCAGGCCGCAAGCACACCGAAAAUAUCCUGCACUCGCGCGAUGAUCGUUUGGUCGUAGUCGUCGGACCCUGCUCGGUACACAACGUCGAGUCAGCGCUCGAGUACGCGCGCCAUCUCCGUGCCUACGCCGAGACCGCAAAGGAGGACCUGCACAUCAUCAUGCGUGUCUACUUCGAGAAGCCGCGCACGACCGUCGGCUGGAAAGGCCUCAUCAACGACCCCGAGAUGAACGGCAGCUUCCAGAUCAACAAGGGCCUCCGCCUCGCGCGCACGCUGCUCCUCGACAUUGCGAAGAUGGGCCUCCCCGCCGGCUGCGAGUUCCUGGACACCAUUUCGCCGCAGUACACCGCGGACCUUGUGUCGUGGGGUGCUAUCGGCGCCCGCACCACCGAGUCCCAGGUGCACCGUGAACUGACCUCGGCGCUGUCCAUGCCCACGGGGUUCAAGAACUCCACCGACGGAACGGUCGGUAUCGCUAUCGACGCGUGCCGCGCCGCUAGCCAACCGCACGUCUUCCUGUCCGUCGGCAAGGGUGGUUUGAGCAGUAUUGUCGAGACUGAGGGUAACCCCGAUGUCCACGUUAUCCUCCGCGGCGGAACGAGCGGACCCAAUUAUGCCGCGGAAUUCGUCCGCGUGUGUGGCGAGAAGCUGUCCAAGGCUGGCUUCGCCCAAAAAAUCAUGAUCGACUGCAGCCACGGCAACAGCUCGAAACAGCACGCGAAGCAGAUCGAAGUGGCGGAGAACAUUGCCCAGCAACUGGAGUCUGGCGAUACCUCGUCCAUGAUCAUGGGUGUAAUGAUCGAGUCGAACAUCGUCGAGGGCCGUCAGGACAUUCCUGUGUCUGGCCCCGCGGGGCUGAAGUACGGCCAGUCUGUGACAGACGCGUGCAUUUCUUGGGAACAGACCGUGCCUGUGCUGGACAGGCUUCGCGAGGGUGUCCGCGGCCGGAGGCUCCUCGUCCAAAAGGGUGCCCGCGGCCACGCGUCCAGCGGCAAGGCGAACGGCGUAAACGGCGUAAAUGGCGCCUCCGAGUCCGCUUAG